AUGAAGAUGUUAGGCUUAAGGUUUGUUGACUCUGUCUCCCUCACUCCUUCCAUUCCCAAGUUUCUUAAUUUUCAUCCUGCAAGGUUCUACUCUCAGUCUCAACCCACAUUCAUUCACUAUCUCAAUGAUGCCGUUGCCUCAUUCAAUCGCAUCCUCAAGAUGCGUCCUAAGCUUCAUAUCACUGAAUUCAACAAGAUUUUAGUAUCCCUUGUGAAGAUGAAGAACUACCCUAUUGCUAUUUCCCUUUCUCAAAAAUUGGGAUUCGUGGGAAUUAUGCCAACCCUUGCUACUUUCAACAUUCUCAUCAAUUGUUGCUGUCAAAUGCAUCAAAUCACCUUUGCUUUUUCCAUAUUGAGUAAAACUCUCAAAAUGGGUUAUCAACAUGAUACCAGAACAUUUAAUACACUUAUGAAUGGUAUGUGUAUUAGUGGUAAAGUUAAGGAAGCACUUUACUUUCAUGAUAAUGUGGUAGCACAAGGGUUUGAGUUGAACCAAGCUAGUUAUGGGAUUUUAAUCAAUGGGUUGUGUAAAGUAGGAGAAAGAAGAAUUGCCUUGCAGUUGCUGAGAAAAAUUGAAGGUCAUUCAAUCAAUCCUGAUAGAAUUUCAGCAGAUGUUAUCACUUACACGUCUCUAAUUUAUGGCUUUUGUGUUGUGGGUCGGCUGAAAGAAGCUAUUGAUUUGUUUAAGGAAAUGGCAUUACAAGACAUCAACCCAAAUUUAAUGAAGGAAACAAUGUAUUCAACAAUAUGGUUCCAUCGGUGUUGUCAAAUGGCGGUUAUGGUGCCUAAUGGUGGGAUUUAUGGCAGUAUUUGUGCUCUUUUUGAUAAAGAUGAGAAUGAUAAGGCAGAGAAACUUCUUCGUCAAAUGAUUGAUGGAGGCCUAUGGAAAGACUAA